GCGGCGGCGGCGGCGGCGACGGGCGGGGAGGGCGUGCGCCGGUCGAGAGGUGUCGGCGGCGAGGGGAGGGAAGGGAAGUUUCAAGUGGAAGGUCGUCCGCCGGCCGGCGCGUCUUCUCGCUCUCCUCCGGCAGCAUCAUGGCGGAGCCGAGCGGCUCGCCCGUGCACGUCCAGCAGCCCCAGCAGGCGGCCCCGGUGACACCGGCGGCGGCGGCCCCGGCGGCCACGACAGCAGCGCCGGCUCCGGUGGCACCCGGGGCCCCAGCCCCGGCGGCGCAGGCGGUCGGCUGGCCCAUCUGCAGGGACGCGUACGAGCUGCAGGAGGUUAUCGGCAGUGGCGCUACAGCUGUGGUGCAGGCUGCUCUAUGUAAACCCAGGCAAGAACGUGUAGCAAUAAAGCGGAUCAACUUGGAAAAAUGCCAGACCAGCAUGGAUGAACUAUUAAAAGAGAUUCAAGCCAUGAGUCAGUGCAGCCAUCCCAACGUAGUGACCUAUUACACCUCUUUUGUGGUAAAAGAUGAACUUUGGCUGGUCAUGAAAUUACUAAGUGGAGGUUCAAUGUUGGAUAUCAUAAAAUACAUCAUUAACCGAGGAGAACACAAGAACGGAGUUCUGGAAGAGGCAAUAAUAGCAACAAUUCUUAAAGAGGUUUUGGAAGGCUUAGACUAUCUACACAGAAAUGGUCAGAUUCACAGGGAUUUAAAAGCUGGUAAUAUUCUUCUGGGUGAGGAUGGCUCAGUACAAAUAGCAGAUUUUGGGGUAAGUGCUUUCUUAGCAACAGGGGGUGAUGUUACCCGGAAUAAAGUGAGAAAAACAUUCGUUGGCACCCCGUGUUGGAUGGCCCCUGAAGUCAUGGAACAGGUGAGAGGCUAUGACUUCAAGGCCGACAUGUGGAGUUUUGGAAUAACUGCCAUUGAACUAGCCACAGGAGCAGCGCCUUAUCACAAAUAUCCUCCUAUGAAAGUGUUGAUGUUGACUUUGCAAAAUGAUCCACCCACUUUAGAAACAGGAAUAGAGGAUAAGGAGAUGAUGAAAAAGUACGGCAAGUCCUUUAGAAAAUUACUUUCACUGUGUCUUCAGAAAGAUCCCUCUAAAAGGCCCACAGCAGCAGAACUUUUAAAAUGCAAAUUCUUCCAGAAAGCCAAGAACAGAGAGUACCUGAUUGAGAAGCUGCUUACAAGAACACCAGACAUAGCCCAAAGAGCCAAAAAGGUGAGAAGAGUUCCGGGGUCAAGCGGUCACCUUCAUAAAACCGAAGACGGUGACUGGGAGUGGAGUGACGACGAGAUGGAUGAAAAAAGUGAAGAAGGGAAAGCAGCUUUUUCGCAAGAAAAGUCACGAAGAGUAAAAGAAGAAAAUCCAGAGAUCGCAGUGAACGCCAGCAGCAUACCCAAGCAGAUACAGUCCCUGUCUGUGCAGGACUCUCAGGCCUUACUCAAUGCUAGUGAAGACUACAGAGAAGCUUCUUGUGCCGUGAACCUAGUUUUAAGAUUAAGGAACUCCAGAAAGGAACUUAAUGAUAUACGAUUUGAGUUUACUCCAGGAAGAGAUACAGCAGAUGGCGUUUCUCAGGAGCUCUUCUCUGCUGGCUUAGUUGAUGGUCAUGAUGUAGUUAUAGUGGCUGCUAAUUUACAGAAGAUUGUAGAUGAUCCCAAAGCUUUAAAAACAUUGACAUUUAAGUUGGCUUCUGGCUGUGAUGGGUCAGAGAUUCCCGACGAAGUGAAGCUGAUUGGGUUUGCUCAGUUGAGUGUCAGCUGAUGUCUGUCCCUUGAUGUCACCCUGAUCUGCCAUGCCUCCCCCUCGCUGUGCCCUCCCCCCAACCUUUCCCUCCCCUGCCACUUCCUCCCACCCCCUAGCAAAAUCAGAGGAUUGUGAAGAGGCCGGCUUCAACAUAACGGGAUAAAAAAGAAUUUUUUUAAACUUAACAACACUGAGUUCUGCUUUAUUCUCUAGCAACCCACAAUAUGAGAACAAGCAAACACCACAGCUGCACGACUGUUGCUCAUUUUUCCAAAAGCAAUUUAAUAUCCUCAGCAGUCAAUUUGGAUCUCCCUUACGUGAAAAGAAUCUGAAACACACUCAGGUGGUCCCAUUUAUUGGCAACGAAAGGAAUUUUUUCUAUCAGAAGCCUAUUUCUUCUCUCGUUGUUGUCCUUCCUUUCUGUUAUAAUACUUUAUUGUACAUCUGACAAUACUGCCUCUUCUGUUGUAUUUAGAAAUUAAUAUAAAAUUAAGAUUUAUUAGCCGAA